AAUAAAAUCCAUUCAGACAGUGCACUACGGUUUCACAGCACGAGCUCGUUUGAAAGCUCUCAUUCUUUUUAUUCUUAAAUAACAUGCCGAUCAACGAUGCAGAGCAAUAGAAUACGAGUGCCAAUCAAAUAUUGAAAGAGAAAUACCGCAACAUAUAGGAUUUACCAUAGGCACCUCUAUCGUUCCUUGUGGUCACUUUGCGAUUUUAACAACAAAGUUGUUUGUGUGAAUAUCAACAGAGACCGGGAAAUUCAACAAGAAAUUGUUCGCGUUAUUUAUUCAUUAUUUAAGAAUGCCUCAAGAGUUCCAGGUGCUGAAGUGCUUUAACUGCAACACGUUUCAAGUCCACCAGGUUAAGAAGGCAUUAAAGUGGGCUUGCAAGAUGUGUGGAGAAAAACAGUCCAUCAAAAAGGUUUAUGGUGGGGGUACUGGUGCCGAGUGCAGACAUCAUGUGCAGAAGCUGAAUACAAUGCGGGGGGAGAUGACAGAAAGUUCUUGGCAACAUGAGGCUCAGAAUGGCUCAUUGCCAUGGCAACCUGAGAAUGGUGACUACGAAACUACAGCAAUGACAUCAACUCUGGAUAUUGGGCCAAGUUCUGAUAGUUUGGAUACGAGUACUUCCCAGAGCAAAAAGUGGGUACAGUUUUUGGAGUCCACCAAUGGGGAUGAAGAGGCAGAUGACAGAACAGAUGAAAAUGACGACUGUUUGGGGUAUUAUGACACACGACCUUUUGUCAAAAAAGGACAUAAACGCCAAAGAAAAAUGCUUGAUCCAUCUUUGAAGACAUCCAAACCUACACACAACCAGAUGCUUAGAAGACCUGACAGUUCUACUGAACCACUCAACAACAACUGGACAAAUUUAGGAACAAGUGACAGUCGAAUGAAUCAUCUCACAGUCAGUCUCAAUCAUGAUCUCACAACCAAUAACCAGGACUUUCAUGAGACAACACCUGUGAAUAUGUUGCCAAGCAAUAAGAGGCAGAACAAUCCAGUUACUAGCACAUCAAAAUGGAGUAAGUUUAGUUUUUAUAACAAUAUUGAAAACGCAUGUGAAGAAAGGCGUCUAGAAAAAGAAAGAUCAGGUUAUGGUAACAGAAGUUCCGAUUCACUUUUACCAGUGGAAAAGGGAUUUGCUAAUAAUUAUAAAUCUGAAUUUUCCAACUCGGCUGGUAAUGAUGAAAAAUCUGGAACACUAAGUCAAUCUUCCUCAACGGGGAGUUACUGUGGUAGUAUAACUGGUGAGUGUUUUAUCAACCACCAGGCUCCAUUUCCAGAUCCUAGACCCUAUACAUCUUUCGACGAUCUCCAGCCAUGCAAUGGUGAUUUCGAAUCUUGUAUUCCCUCAGCAGGUGGACCAAACCAUCCUGCAAAUGGACCUGUAAUCAUCAGUAGAAAAGUGAAUCCAGUAUUUUGUGGCAACUCUAAAUGGAAUAUGUUUACUGGUAGUUCUACAAGUACAACCACUUUACCGAAGCAAGUAUCAAACUCAAGGUUAUCAACAUUUGUGCGUGAACCUAGUUUAGAUGUAUUGCCUGCUGAAGCAACUGUUACCUGUUUGAAUACAGAGUUGGAACCAAAUAAAGUUCGAGAAUCUGUCGAGGGAGCUAAUAACAUUGUUUCACAUAUGUCUAAUACUACCCAAAGCUCAAAGGAACCCAAAGUGUCACAGACAGAUAUAACAAGUAAGGGAGGCGCUGCACGUAAAUUAUCUUCUCAGAAAAAGUCCAGUAAAGACGAAAAUAAAGGACAUUGCAAGAACAAUGAGCACCAGAAAAUAUUCAGUAUUGGGGAAAUUAAUGAUGACGAUUUCAAAUUAUGACAAUGAUGUACAAACGAUUAAGAUGUUUUAACGGAUUAAAUGUUACUUUUUUUACAUUAGAAAUGCUAAUAUUAUUAAUUAUAUGUUUAAUUGAAUAAAAGGACACUGUGUACAAUACUAUAAGUUUGUGAAAUGGUAAAUUAACUAGUAAUAUUGUUUGUUUAUGCUCUUUGAAGUUAUAUGUGUGCAUUUAACGUGUCAAUGCUUAAUUAAAGGUCAUCACAACAGUUGCUUAAUUUUAUAUAAACAAACGCUGCAGUGUUUUAGACAAAAUAUGAAAAGGGCAUCAGGUUUUUGUGUGAAAAAGGCUCUUCAGCCGUUGUAUUAGUAUUAUCCCUGUCGAUUAUUUUUAAUUAAGCAUGUUUUAUAUAUAUUUCAUAUUACAUGUCUUUUCACGUAAAACAUUCUAUUAAUGGUAUUAAGAACACUGGUUGCUAUGUAAACAUGUAUUUAAUAACAGAAGGAUCUUUGGGUAAAUAUGUAUUCAAUGUAUUAAAUCUUUAAAUUAACUGUUUAAUGAUGAGAUCAAAUCCUACAAAAGGCAUGCCGGUAGAAUCUUUGGGUAAAAAACAUGUAUUUAAUGUAUUCAAUCUUUAUAUUAACUGUAUAAUGAUGUGAUCAAAUCCAACAAAGGCCAUGACAGUAGAAUCUUUGGGUAAAAAACAUGUAUUUAAUGUAUUCAAUCUUUAUAUUAACUGUUAAAUGAUGUGAUCAAAUCUAACAAAGGCCAUGACAGUAGGAUCUUUGGGUUAACAUGUAUUCAAUGUAUUAAAUCUUAACAUUAACUGUUUAAUGAUAUGAUCAAAUCCUACAAAGGUCAUGCCAGUAGGAUCUUUGGGUUAACAUGUUUAUAUUUUAUUAAAUCUUUGUAUUAACUUUGUUGUAUAAUGAUAUAAUCAAUCCCAACAAAGGUCAUGCCAGUUGGAUCUCUGGGUAAACAUGUAUUUAAUUUAUUAAAUCUUUAACUUUGCUGUAUAAUCAUAUGAUCAAACGCAACAAAGGUCAUAACAGGUGGAAUCUUUAGGGGGCAGGGUGCUGCCCACCUUCCGUUUAGCCCUUUCCAGAGCGCUGCCGAUUGAAUUGGAAACCUUUAGUUUUUGCUACCUUUUUAAGCUACACUGCAACUUUGAUAUAUAGUGAUGUGCAAUAAAUUGCAAGUCAGGCGUGA